UCUAAAAUUAGAGAUAUUGUAUGAUAUUCUAUUCAAUAUUUGUAAAGCGGUCGUAUAUGAAAGAGAUAUAACAUCCUGUGUUAAGUUGGGUUUACCGUUUGUGUUUCACUGGUGCAUAGGACAGGCCAAAGGGUAUAAAGAUGAAUCACAUAAUAACAUGUUUAGUGCUUUUCGUGUGUCCAUCUCUAAUUUAUUCUGUCAUCGUUACGUCACCAUCGGGUAAAAUUGAGGGAAAAAUUAUACAGCAUAAUGGAACGGAUGUUCUUCAGUUUCUCGGAGUUCCGUACGCCAGACCUCCAAUAGGUGACUUGAUGCUUGAAAAAACACAACCAGUUGAACCAUGGCAAAAUACUCUUAAUGCGACGGCUUUUGGGGCGGCAUGUCAUCAACGAAUCGCCUCCUACGAUACGGAGGGACCACACAACAGAAAAAUGAGUCACGAUUGCCUUUUGCUGAACAUCUUUGUGCCCAAAAAUAUCACCACGAGCCAUUCACGAGCGGUUAUGAUUUUCAUCCAUGGUGGAAGUUUUAUGCACGGCACCGCAAAUGCUUGGGACGGAUCUCUUCUGGCUAUUACUGGUGACGUCAUAGUUGUCUCGAUAAACUAUCGACUCGAUGUGUAUGGGUUUAUGUCGACCGGAGAUGGCGUCAUACCUGGUAAUUACGGGUUAUGGGAUCAACGUCAAGCCAUUUUGUGGGUAAAAGCAAAUAUCGCAUCAUUUGGCGGAGAUGGGUCUAAGAUAACAAUAUUUGGUGAAAGUGCCGGAUCCUACAGUAUAGGCAUGCAUAUGAUUUCACCACAUAACGUGGGGUUAUUUCAGCGCGUUAUAAGUGAGAGUGGUAUAGCCGUAUCGCCUAUAGCGUUGACCUUUGACGCCAUUAGUUAUGCAAGGUCGGUUAGUGACAGUUUGAACUGUACGAACGUCACGGGUGGGUGGAACACCGGUUACUUCAAGAACUGCUUGAAAACUAGAAACAUUACGGAUGUCCUAGAAGCAUCGCUACAAGCGGGGGAUGCUGGGAUGUUGGCGUACAGAAGAGUUAUUGCACCCGUUGUGGAUAGCGAUUUUAUUGUUGCAAACCCGGUUAUCUCCCUUGCCAGAAAUGAUGUACCUUUUAGAAAUGUGGACCUAAUGGUGGGUACUAACAGUGCCGAGGGUGGUUUGAUUAUAGGACCUUUAAAACAAUACCAGCAACAAUACAAUUUUAGCAUAGAUAAUGGAAUUCCUAGAAACAUAUUUCGCGACCACAUCGCCACAGCUGUCGUUCGUGAUUAUUUCAAGAAUGAGAAGAACGUGUUGGACAAACUAAUGGAAGUAUACUCGGAGGACGGAAUAUCUGACGAAACUCAAGCUCGGAAAGCUGUGGACAUGUACGGCGAUUUUAUACUACAAGCCCCAUCAAUUGAAAUUUUGCAAUAUCAUUCUAAGAUGGCGACGUCUAGGAAGACGUAUGAAUAUUAUUUUACCCAUGUUCCAGAAAACCAGAACCUGCCUGCCUGGUUCCAGGGAGCAAAUCACGCUGAUGAGCUAUCCUUUGUUUUUGGCCCCACUUUAACUUCCGUCAAUAUAUCAACGACAGAAAUCAAAGUCUCUGAAGUUAUACAAAGAUACUGGACGAACUUUGCUAAAUAUGGGAAUCCAAACGGUGAAAGUGGAACCAAAUGGCCGAGCUUUAACACAACAACCAGACACUACAUGGAUUUAAACAUACAACCAACUACCGGUCAACAUCUGUUAAAAGACAGAGUUAAUCUCUGGUUGGAUGAAAUACCAUCGUUAUUAAAACCAACUUCAUCCUCUUCAACUAUUCAUUAUAAUACCAUGGCAACCACCUUGGUUCUUUUAGUGAUGUCUCUGCUCAACGGACGUUAAGCAUCCUAUCUCCAAUACUAGAUGUUUAAAAAAUAGAUAUAUAUUUAUAAUUUCAUUUCAUUUCACCCUGACUGCAUUUAUAUUGAACGCAACUUUUGUAAGGGAAUUUUACCACUGGAAUUUGAUUUGACAGAGUUACCUAUUCUCAUAUAGCCAAGUAGAGCGACAUUUUUUUUUAUAUUCGGAUUAAUGCAUAUAUUUCUAAACUAUACAUUUUACAAGUUGUUGUAUUGCAAUGUGCUUACUUUCAGGAAAACCACCAAUAAAAGGUUUCUAUAACAAUA